AUGAACGGGGACCGAUCCAGGAGCAGGAGCCCAGACAGGCGCAGGGAAAGAGCGGUUCCUCCUCCUCCUCUUCGGCCCCGUCAUGCGCCAGCCAAUCCUGAACCCACCAACGUCGUGGGCGUCUUUGGCCUCUCAUUGAGGACCACCGAGGAAGAUCUCAACCACGAAUUCGGUAGGAUCGCCCCCAUCGAAAAGACCACCAUCGUCUAUGACGCAAGGUCGGGUCAGUCGCGGGGCUUCGCCUUUAUCAACAUGCAGGAUGUUGAAGGUGCAACGGCCGUUAUCAAGGAACUCAAUGGCAUCGAUCUCCAUGGCCGAAGGCUCCGAGUCGAUUAUUCAGUGACAAAGAGGCCUCACGAUCCAACGCCUGGUCAAUAUCGCGGAGCGGUUCGCGAGGAAGAACGAGGCGGCCGCCUUCCUCCGCCAGGGCCUUGGGGACCGCCGGGACCGUGGGGUCGUGGUCCUCCCCCUCCUCCUCCCUACGGCGGGUACCCACCGUAUCCACCUUACGGCCCACCUCCCCCAACUCGAGGCUGGGGCCCUGAUGCUGACAAUGACUGGCGCCGACGUUCGCCGCCCAGGAGGAGGAGGAGUGACAGCAGGGAGAUGUCGCCUCCACGUCGAAGGUAUCGAGAUGAUGAGGAACCCAGAGGAAGCCGAGACGACGACAGACCCAGGAGGCGACGUGAUGAUGACGAUGUACCGCGAAGGAGGCGCGAAGACGACGCACCGAAGUCACGACACCAGGACACGCCAAGCCCACCUCCUCGUUCCCGACGCGAAGAUUAA